UUCUACUCAAUUGUGAUAGACGAGAUUCUUCAUAUAUAUAUAUAUAUAUAUAUAUAUUCCUCAUCAUCAUCCACUCAUUUCAUUUCCAUUUCCUGUUUCAAUCCCAUCACUUUUUCGCUAUCAUUUGACCAUUUUUCUCUGUAACGUUUCUUCUUUUCCAACCCCACUAAUAAAUCCAUAGUCUUGUUGCUUCUCUCUCUCCCUCUCUCUUUCAAUCAACCAAUCUAUCUGAGAUACUCAGAAGCUUGAUCAAUGGAAACCCUAUCGACGGGUGAAGCUAAUUUGGAGCAAAUUUCUGAGGAAUUUUACUGUUGCAUAUGCCUAGAUCUUCUCUUCAAGCCUGUUGUACUGGCUUGUGGCCACAUGUCUUGCUUCUGGUGUGUCCACCAAUCCAUGAAUGGGCUACAAGAGUCUCAGUGUCCCAUAUGUAAGAAUCAAUAUCAUUACUUUCCCGCCAUCUGUGAGGUUCUUCACUUUUUGCUUGUCAAAGCUUAUCCAGAAACUUAUAAGAGAAGGGAAUCUCAGAUUUUAGUCGAGGAAGAAGUUAAAGGUUGUUCUUAUCCUAGUUUCUAUCCUGGCCAACAUGCAUCUCUGAUUGGUGAAAAUCUGAAUGACAAGGUUGAUAAUAAGAAUACGCUGCUGAAUAGAACAUUUGGCAUUGUUAGAGGAGGCAUAAAUGCCGUAGACAUGAAACAAAGCAAUUUAUCUGAAACAAAUCAAAAGAUUACUGUGAAUGAUGUGUUGUGUGCUGCAUGCAAUCAACUGCUAUUUCAUCCUGCUGUCCUUAAUUGUGGCCAUGUAUUCUGCACAAAUUGCAUUGCACCAUCCAAUGAGACAGUUGGAGCAGUUUGUCAUGUUUGUCAAAGGAUAGAUCCCAGGGGAUUCCCAAAAGUAUGUUUGGCCUUUGAUAAUUUCUUGGUGGAACACUUCCCAAAGGAAUAUGAAACCAGGAAACAUGCGGUUCUACUCAAACAAGCACAAAUGCAGCAUGAGAAUCCAGUGACAUGCUCCACCACACCCGUUGAAAACGGCGUUCAGCUCUCAUCACCUAAGGAAGAAAAUCUUCAACCAUGUUGGGGUGAUAAAGGCGCACAUUUACAUACUGGAGUUGGUUGCGACAUUUGUGGGAUGUUCCCAAUAGUUGGAGAUAGAUACAGAUGCAUGGAUUGCAAGAAAGAGAUAGGUUUUGACCUGUGUGGGCAGUGCUUCAACAGUCAUUCAAAGGUCCCUGGGCAUUUUAAUCAGCAACACACCCCAGAACACAAAUUUGAACUCUAGGAUUCAAACCAUUUUCGUAUAUUUCUGUCAAGAAUGCUAAGGGGCCAGACUCAAGAUCAUUUAC